GAAGUCGAUUUAGCUCCUGGAGGAAGCGGCUGUCCAACCCGUCAGCCGCUCGCGCCCUCGGGAGGGGCGGUGACUUCUCUGCUCCGGCGCUGCUAGCGGGUCCGCGACGGCCGGCGGCCGGCUGGAGGGGCGGCGCCAUGAAGCUGUACAGCCUGAGCGUCUUCUACAAAGCUGAGUCCAAGGUGGGCCUUCUAAAGACUGCUCAAGACGUGUCCUCCUUCAGCUUCUUCCAGAGGUCCAGUGUUCAGGAAUUCAUGACCUUCACAAGUCAACUGAUUGUCGAGCGCUCAGCGAAAGGCAGCCGAGCUUCUGUCAAAGAACAAGAAUACUUGUGCCACGUCUACGUGCGAAAUGACAGCCUUGCAGGAGUGGUCAUUGCUGACAGCGAGUAUCCAUCACGGGUGGCAUUUAGCUUGCUAGAGAAGGUACUGGAUGAAUUCUCCAAGGAGGUUGACAGGAUAGAAUGGCCAGUUGGAUCCCCUGAGACCAUUUGCUUUACAAAACUGGGUGAUUACCUUAGCAGAUACCAGAACCCUCGAGAAGCUGACCCCAUGUCUAAAGUGCAAGCUGAACUAGAUGAAACCAAAAUUAUUCUGCACAACACCAUGGAGUCCUUGUUAGAGAGAGGAGAGAAGCUGGAUGACCUGGUGUCCAAAUCUGAAGUGCUGGGAGUACAGUCUAAGGCCUUCUAUAAAACAGCCCGGAAACAGAACUCGUGCUGUGCAAUCAUGUGACAACAGCUAGCUGAGGUCCCUGCGCUGGAACAUCACCAUCAUUCCCAUUAGAACCACGGCCCCCAGAGGAGCAGCGCCAGCCGUGGAAAGAGGCGGAGUGGGGACAGAAUUCUGUUGCAUAUUGGAGCUCCUGGAAGGAGCCAAGGGGUGGCAGAAGGGAUCUGGGGGUGGGGGACAUUCAAAUCCAUGCAUCCAGUAAUUCUUGAAAUAUAAUCCCAGACCCCCCAAAGGUGUAUGUUCAGGCCAUGUGAAACCAUAAAGCCUCAGAGACUGGCGGAUGCUGCUUGGCUUGUUCUCAGGCCCCCAGCUUGUGCAGAGCCCGGAGUGACAGAGGCAGCUCUCACUAUGCCUUUGGGGCUUAUUUGUAUGUUAAUUGUAUUAACACUUCAGAAAGAGGGGGCGGGCAGAGGGUAGGGACACUGUGGGUUUGUGGGUUUUAUUUGGACAUUAACUCUGUUAACACUCCAGUGGAGAGAUGAGGCAGGGCAGUGCUGGAAGAGGCUCAUCCUGGGAAGGCUAUGCCCGACCACUUCGGAGGCAGGGAGGAGACUAUGCCAGGCUUUGCAAGCUCUGACACCUGUUGCCUUUCUGCUGCCUGGGUUUGGGUUCCAGCUGAGGGCAGAGCCCUUUGUUAAACUGUACAGAGACACUUGGGGUGGGGGAUGCAAGCCCUGUCACAGGGUUUAGCUCUGAAUACCUGCCUCACAGCCUGUCUCCACCUGGCUCUCUGGCCACAAGGCUACCUAGACCAUGCCUCUCUUUCCCGUGAGCAUUUCCUGUGGCCACUGCUGCUGCAUCCACCCUAUUGUGAACCCCAUCCCCAGAAAGCCCAGCCCUAGAAACAGGAGGGAAAGCUCCAGGCCCUCCUCGGCCAGCCUGGGCCCUUGAGUUCUACUGUUGUGCCCCAAAGCACCUGUGUCCCACUGUGCCUCCUGGAGACUCAAGGCUCCCGGGAAGCCCCACUGGGAUGGCAUUUGCCAGUGGGGCUGGUCCUGGGGAAGGGUGCUGGUUUGCACCCUCCUCCAGGAGAUCCCUCUACCCCCAAAGAAAGUGCCAGUGGCAGCCACACAUUCCUCCACUUGGGCUCAGAGAUGGGAUGGAGAUGCCCCCACCCAAGGCAGGGUUCACCUGCCAGGUGCUCAUGUAUUUGGGCACUGCUGACCAAAGGGCCUGGGCCUCCCUGAAAAACAGCCUGCCCAUGUGAUCUCUGUUGCCUCAGGGGUGCUGAGAGGUGCAAGUCUCCUCUGGCAUCCUGGACAACUGCCUCCUCAGAAACAGCACUUUGGGGUGAGGGGUGCAAGUCUAGGGGAGAAAGGGGAUCCUCUCACAAGCCCUGCUCCUUCCUCACUGGGCAGGCCAGCAUGGAGGGCCCUGCCCAUGCUGGCAUUGGCCCUGUUCCUAUGGCAUCUAAUGGCAAUUGGUUCAACAAAGAGUGUAUUUUGAUAGCUGUGGCCUCACUUUGCUCUGUUUGAGAAGUUCCUAUCUGGAUAAAGUUGUCUUUUGAGAUUC